UUAGGGCACAUAGAUUACAUUAACUGAGCAUUGGAUUUUGAUUUGAAGUUCUAUAAUAAAAUAAAAAAAAAUCUAAGAAAAUUAUUUUAGAAGUAAUAAAAUUCUUUGAAAACCUUUACUGAAUUCAUCGCUUCGAUCUCUUCCUAGUUCAAUGGCCGAAUCUACCUCGUCUCCAGCCGCCCUAGACACAACCAAUUCCCAAUCUAAACCCGACUCCGAUAAUCCUAAUCCACUACCAACCCAACCCGAUCCAUCUCCUUCCUCUACCGUAUCAACACAGCUCCAACCAAACCCUAACCCUAACGCCCCCCUGGUAUCUCCUCAGCCUCCUCCCGCCGUUCCUUCCUACUCGACUCCUCCACCGCCGAUCUCCGGAGCUGCCACAGCCGUCCCCCCGGCGCCUCCUUCGUUCCGUCCGGUCCCGCAGUUUUCGCCGUUACCGAAUUUUCAACCUCCUGGCUUGCAGCCGCCCGGCGUGAGUUCGGCUCCUGGUUCUAUUCCGCCGCCGUUGAUGCAGUACCAGGUGCCUGCGGGUCAGGUUCCGAAUCCUGCUCUUAGACCGUUUGCUCCGAUUCCAAAUGGGUAUGCAGCGCUACCGGGAGCUGUUCCUCCGGGCACCAUGCCUCCUCCGGGUGGAUAUUUGUUUUCUGUUUAUGCAGGACUUCUCCGCUAUCCCUCUCCUUACCCAGCAAUGAUUCGGCCUGCAUUCCCUCCACGCCCACCUGGAGCUAUUGGUGUGAUGCCAACAGUUUCACGGCCUCCUGUUCCUGGUGCUCGCCCAAUUAUUCCUCCUGUCAUUAGACCAGCUGUUCCUAAUGUUACUCCAACAGAGAAACCACAAACAACAGUUUAUAUUGGCAAGAUAGCACCAACAGUGGACAACGACUUCAUGCUCUCUCUUCUUCGUCUUUGUGGACCUGUCAAGAGUUGGAAACGCCCCUCUAAUGGGACACCAAAAGCAUUUGGGCUUUGUGAUUUUGAGUCUGCUGAAGGGGUUCUUCGUGCAGUGCGCCUACUUAGCAAAUUUAAUAUUGAUGGACAAGAACUAGUGGUAAACGUUAGUCAAGCAACAAAGGAAUAUCUGGAGAAGUAUGUUGAAAAGAAAACUGAAAAUGCAAAGAAACUAAAUGAACCUCCAUCUGCAGAGUCUGAGAAGGAAGGUGAAAAUGCAGUAGGUGAUGUGAAGAAUGAAUCUUCAACAACUUCUGUGGAGGAUCCAAAGAAGAACAGUGACAGUGGCAACAGAGAAAAUAUUAUGGACAUUGCCAACUCUGGCAUUGUCACUGAUGAAGACCGUGAGGCUGAUCGAGAUGCUUCAGAGAAGCUUGCUGGCAUGAUUGAGGAGAGGUUAAAGACCAAUCCUCUCCCACCACCUCCUCCACAAACUGCUCCUGAUGGUUCUGGGAAAUCAAAUUCAGAUUUGCCUGCUAAAUCAAGGGAUGGGAACUCUGAUAUUGAUUUAAUGAGAAAUGAUGGAGCUGAAGGUAAAAAUGAUGAUGAGACUACCAGUGAGAGCAAAGCGACAACUGAAAAUGAUCGACCUGAGACAAGCUCACCUGAUCGUAGAUAUGAUAGGAGUAGAGACAGAGAGCAAGAUCUUAAGAGGGACAAGGAGCGUGAAAUUGAAAGAUUAGAAAGAGAAACAGAGCGUGAAAGGAUGAGAAAAGAGAGGGAACAGAGAAGGAAGAUUGAGGAGGCAGAGCGUGAGUAUGAAAAAUUUCUUAGAGACUGGGAGCAAAGAGAAAAGGAUAAGGAGAAGCAGAGACAGUAUGAGAAGGAGAGGGAGAAAGAGAGGGAGCGCAAACGAAAGAAGGAGAUUCGCUAUGAUGAAGAAGAUGAUGACGAUGAAGAUUCAAGAAAAAGGCUGCGUAGGAGUGUUUUGGAGGAAAAGAGGAGGAAGAGAUUGCGGGAGAAGGAGGAUGACUUGGCUGAUAGACUCAAAGAAGAGAAAGAAAUUGCUGAGGCCAAGAAAAGGGCAGAGGAGGAGCAGCUGCAAUUGCAGCAGCAACGAGAUGCGUUAAAGCUUUUGUCUGGUCGCUUUGCAAAUGGAGCUGCAAAGAACGUGUUGGCUGAAGAACCUAGCACUGAAAGCAAAGAUAAGGCAGUUGAACAGCAUUAUGAGCGCGAAUCAAGUCAUGAAAACCAGAUAUCUGGUGAUGGGAAUAUGCAAAAUGGUUCAGUUGAUGAAUCAAAUGUGGCCUUUGUUUCUGCAUCAGAUACACGGCAGAGUGGGAAUGCACCGAGGAAGUUAGGUUUUGGUCUUGUUGGAUCUGGAAAGCGGACUACUGUCCCAUCUGUUUUCCAUGAGGAGGAAGAUGAUGAUGCACAGAAGGAGAAGAAAAUGAGGCCCCUGGUUCCCAUUGAUUACUCUACUGAGGAACUGCAGGCUGUCCAACCUGGCGCACCAGCACCAAAUCUGGUUGCAGCUGCUGAAUUUGCAAAGCGAAUAUCAAAUGUUAACACUAAAGAGGAAAAGUCUGAUGCAGAAAGAGAGCGAAGCAGACGUUCUUAUGAUAAAUCUAGUAGGGAUAAAGAUCGUAAUAAUGAGGACAGUCGCAACAGAGAUGAGAGCAAAGAGAAGAUCCCUGAUCGGGAUAGAGACAGGGAACAUGGACAGGAUAAGGUGAAAACAACAGAUAACCAGAAGCUUUUGGAUGCCAAACAACUAAUUGAUAUGAUUCCAAAGACCAAGGAGGAACUAUUUUCAUACGAGAUAAACUGGAAUGUGUAUGAUCAGCAUGCAUUGCAUGAGAGAAUGAGACCCUGGAUCUCAAAGAAAAUUACGGAGUUUUUGGGAGAAGAAGAGAAAACUCUGGUUGAUUACAUCGUGUCGGGUACUCAGGAACAUGUUAAGGCUUCCCAAAUGCUGGAGCUGCUGCAGUCUAUAUUAGAUGAAGAAGCGGAGAUGUUUGUGCUUAAGAUGUGGAGGAUGCUGAUAUUUGAGAUUAAAAAAGUAGAAACUGGCCUGGCUUUGCGGUCGAGAUCCUGAUCUAACAUUCUUGUGACGCCGUGGGUCCCUGUGUUGGUGCAGGACUGAGAUUUUGAUUGCAUGGUUAUUAGUCACCGUCGGGGGAAGUCAUCGAUAUCUUUUCUUUUAGGCCCUCUGUUAUUUGAAGAACUAAAUGUAGAUUGAACUAGGGAAUAGGCUUGUUGAGUUUGUAUUACUUUUCUAAGCACAAUAUUAGUCAAUAUUAACCCUUUUUCUUUUUUCU